CUCCCGCGAGGAGCGCGCACGCAUUGCCGCAGCCGGGCCCGGACCAGUACCAGGCAUUGCCCAAGGCAGGCCUGCAGCAGUGCGCGCACCUGCACCCAUUGCCGGUGGUGGCCGUGGGCGCGGUGAACGCGCCAUCAACAACAACGCGUGCGAUAGGGGACGCGACGGGGGCCUUGCACCAGUUCAGCGCCAACGUUCUCGCUCCCCGCCGCGCCUCGAGGUCGCCGCCCACGCCACUCCCGUCGCUAGGGUUGGGAGGAGGGGCACGAGAACGGGUGUUCCAUUUGGAGAGUACAAUGGAGGUGGAGCUGUCAGCUGCAAAUGCGCCAGCACGGGCCCAAUUUGCGACGCGCACUAGGGCUUGGCAACUUGAGUGUACGGAGAAGAAAUGGCGGUCGUCUGAGACGCAGAGGUUGAAGGGCGUCCAUGGCAACAUGCCGCUGAACUUCCUGCCCUGCGACGCCACUUCCACUGCGCGUCUCAGAGGGGGGAAGGACCUGGAGUACGAUCCGUUUCAGGUUUUAGCUGAUCAAGCGAUGCAGGGCCAGUUGCAGCAGGCUCAGGCUACGGCUGCACAAGCACAGCAGCAAGCUGCGGCUGCUGCUGCUACUCAGGCCCAGGCUGUUGCAGCUGCUGCAGGGCGGGUAAAGGCCUCGCCUCCUUCCAAGUGGGAGAAUGAGUGGCCCAUGAUCGAGGAACGCUUGAAGCCUGCACAGUCCACCAAGUUGGUGGCUGGCAAACGUAAGGCGUCCGGAAGUGGCUCCGGGAUGACGUCGAAGGCGCGGCUGUCUGCUGUGCCUUUUCGGACGAGCAGUACGCUCACAACAUGGCGAACCGCCUGUGCCACAACUGCGGGAAGCCAUCCCAUAAUGCAGCAGACUGUACUGAGGAGCCUCAGCAUAGCAGCAACAAUGGAAAGAAAAAGAAGAAGGGUAGAAAGGAUUUUCAGAAACGCUAGGCAGUGCAGGACUGUUGUCUAG